AUGAAGAAGACGACUGCAGUUGAUUCGCGUUCAGAUACCAAGUCAGAUGUACCUCGAGCAGGUCAAACUGACGACGAAAGCGAAGAUGAGGAGGUUUUCCAUGACGCCCGUUUUCCUGCUGACGAAGAAGCUAGACUCUUAGCCGAAUCACAUGCUUGCAAAGAAGAGGCCAACAAGCUGUUUGCUGCUGCGUCCUACUCCGACGCCAUAUCGACGUAUGACCGUGCCCUUGCUUCCUGUCCAAACUACCUCGACUACGAGAUCGCCGUAUUACGAAGCAAUAUUGCCGCCUGCUACCUGAAACUCGAGGACUGGAAAUCCGCUGUGGAUGCGGCAACGGCCAGCAUCGAGAGCCUCAACCGGUGUCUUCCCCCGUCGACAUCAGCUGCUGCGGAUGCCAAAACGGGACAGACGCAGGACAAGUCGCGGAAUGAUAAAGACGCUGUAGUCGAGUUAUCAGGCGAGGAUGAAGAGGCAGAGCUUGAACGCCUCAAACAGGACGACCAGCGGCGGAAUGACAUCAAACGGAUCCGCGCGAAAGCGCUGAUGAGACGAGCAAGAGCGAGAGCGGAACUAGGCGGGUGGGCAAAUCUGCAGGGAGCGGAGGAGGACUAUAAGGAGCUCGCCGGCAUGGAUAACCUGCCGCCCCAGGACAAGAAGAUUGUGCAGAAAGCGCUCCGCGAAUUACCGACUCGGAUCCAGACUGCCCGAGAUAAGGAGGUGGCGGAGAUGAUGGGCAAGUUAAAAGAGGUAAUUAGUUACUCUGGAUGCUUCUUUGACGAUUUAGGUUAUACUGAUGAUUUCUUUUUCUUCCUCCAGCUUGGUAACAGCGUUCUCAAACCAUUUGGUUUGUCGACCGACAACUUCAAAUUCACUAAGGACGAGAAGACCGGCGGUUAUACCAUGCAGUUCCAGUCUGGGAAAUAG